UCAGUAUUAAAUUUCUUUUAUUUUAUUCGCAAUGGCCGCUCGGACCGCUGUGUGUUACUCGGAGCAGCAAACGAAGUGUCUUCCGUAUCUCGGCAAAGACACAUAUCAGCAAGAAGAAGGCGAUCAUAAACGUGAAACACACCUACAGAAAAAACAAACGAACAACCAGCAAUAUAUUGAAGUGAAACACGUCGAAAACUACACAUCAACGAUAUCAAAAGCUAGAGAGAAAACGAAAAACUUGAAAAGAACGCCAAAUGUAUCACCAGACCGGCGACCGUUUAAUCACGAUGAAUUAAAAAAAAUUAAAGAACGAUAUACGUUUCUUGGAAGGCAUCCUAACAACCCAAGUAAGGAGAAAAAUAAAAGAAACGGAAUAAUUGACGAAACGACCGUUAAGAAAAUUGAGAAGACAGAUGUAGUGCGGCGCAGCGGUAGUUCAUCAAAACUACGCUCACCUGACGAAAGAACUCGGAGCCAGAACUCUUCAAAGGACUCAGGUAUCUCAGAUCGUAGUCCAGCAAUACACCAUUCACCCAAGCAAAGUACUCAGAGUCAGAAUUCUUCAAAGGACUCUGGCAUCUCGGGCAGCACCAAAACCGACAUAGACCUAAUGAAAGGUAUUUACAGCAAUGAUGAAGAUGAAGAAUUUGUUGAUGCUGAAAAUUACGAAAUAAAAACAGUUGAAACUCCUCCACUGAAGCGGAAAGCGAUCGUAAGAACAAUUAACAACGAUGCUAAGGUGUAGUUCCCCACGCUUAGAGAGCUUGUAUUCACGACCAGGGCCGGACACUGAAGUUGCGAAAUGGGCCCCAUCCUCGAUUGACAACCACACGAAGCCUUACUACGAAGCCUGGGUCAACACUAAACUUGCAGCCGUUUCGACGCACACGGAACAAGAGAGGGCGAAGCUCGAAGAGCAAAAUUUAUUGCUUGCCUUAGACCAACUUUUAACGGACAGACCAAAAUCGCCCGAUUUAAUUUACAUAGAUAUGUUGGACGAAAGGUUCUCUGGCAAAAUCACUGUUAGAAGAAGGAGUCGAAAGAACAACAACGUAUACGAAAUUCACAGACUGUAAUCGAUUUUUGAGUGAAUUUGAUUUAAUAUUUAAAAUUAGAGACGUUAAAACUUGAUUACAUUCUGAACAAUGUGAGGCAUACAGACAUUUCUGGAACACGGAAGCGUUGGAAUGCCAAAGUAUUUAAACAAAGUGUGUAGCGUCUACAUAGUUCUAGUAGAGUUUAGUGAGGCGAAAGCAAUAACAAUCAAUGUCUGUACAAAUGUUUGAAAGGCUUUGAUGAUAGAUAGUUCACAUAGCAUAUCUAUUUUAAACUAUACAGUAUUAUUAUAUAUUAUGCGAAGCAAUUUUUAUACAUUAUGCGAAGUCCCCUACCGUGCGUCCGUCCGCGCGUUGUAUAAUUUUAUUUGUUACGUAAUUAAGUCACCACAUUGUAAACGCACACAGUGGGUAUAUAUUUUUUUUGCUAUAUUUAUGUGCUUUUACAAUCUUACGUAUAUACACACAAAGAACGCAUGCACAAUUUUUUUUCUUCCUAAUUUUUAACAAGGCCUUUAAUACUGUACUACGUUGUGUUUAUGCCGCCUUACGCCUCAUAGGGAAUCUCAAACCGCGUGGUCAGUUAGGGGCAUUUUUAGAUUUGAUGCAAUAGGUUACGUAAGUAUAAAUCUUUUUGGCUAUUUUCUGUAAGGGGUUUCCCAAAACAUUAUUUAUGUCUCCAUUACGUCACCACCACCACGUCACCACGUCACC